CGCGACAGGUGCACGAAUAUGGCGUCUUUCGUAGAUGACAACGACGAUAAUGACCAAGACGAGGAGGAGAAUGACAAUGACAACGAGAACGAGGAUGAAGAGAUGGAAGAUGCGAAUGACGGCGAUCAGGAUGCCGACCAGGACAUGGACGAUGAAGACGACGGAGGCGAUGAUGACGAUGACAAUGAUGAUGACAAUGAUAAUGAUGGCGAGGAUGAUGAUGAUCAGAAUGAGCCCGACUCGCCCUCGAGGAGACCGAGUCAAGCUACAUCUGCUCCGCGACCAGCAGAAGGAGACGACAACCCAGAAGUCGUAGUAAAAUCUCCCUCACCUCGAGGCUCUGGUAUACGAUCGCCUAAUACAAGGGCAACCAGUAUAUAUGUGCCUGCAAUUAGGCCAGAAGCGCUGACGGCGCAAGCCUACGAUAUUGUGCCGACCAUGGCCGCACCGCACGGCACGUCUAUCAAUGCUGUCUGCGCGACACCCAAUAUGAAAUAUGUCUUCACCGGUGGCACAGACGGCUAUAUACGGAAAUACGACUGGGUAGAUACUGCCAAUGGCAAAGUCCCGCUGACAGUGGCUCAGAAGCACCCUUUUGUGGACAGUGUGAUGAAGGCUGGGUCUAUGGUGACUUACUGGGAGAAUGAGGAACGAUCACUACAAACACCGCCCAAGAAUCCGGACGAGGGAAAGUGGUCGAGCCCGGUUUACUCUCUCGCUGUCGAGAAGCAAGCGGUCUGGCUCCUGUCUGGACUCGAGUCGGGAGGAAUCAACCUUCAGCUUACGAGGCACUCUACUGGCAACAUCAUCACGACCUUGAAAGAACACACUAGCGCUGUUUCUGUCCUCACCUUCACGGACCAUGAAAGGCGUGUGUUAUCAGGCAGCUGGGACAAGAACAUGCACGAAUGGGAUCUCGACAACGGUAAGGUCAUUCGCUCGUUCAAAGGAGCCAGUAGUCAAAUAAGUGCUAUUGAGCUGCGGCCAUUCAGUAAUACGCCUGUGCCCGAAGUUUCUGAAGCAUUUCCUGAGGAAGAGAGCGCUACGUUCUCGAGCAACAAUGCUGACAAACCGGCUUUGAACGGCACCUCAAACGGUCCCAGCCAACGGCUGUCUGCACUCCACGGCGACGAGGAUGCGGCCGGAUCUCCUGACGGGAGUUUAUUUGGCGAUGGAGAUCAUGGAUCGCUCUUUGGCGAUGAUACUGGUGGCGGCGGAGCGGGGGGCGGUGGCGGCAACGCCUUUGGUGAUGACGACGACGACUUGACGCGAGCACUCGAAAGCGAGAUGCAGACUACUGCUGAGCAUAGUGGUCCAGGUGAAGUUGACAUUGAGAUGCAGCAGACAGAAGUUCCUGUGGAAUCGGCCAAGCCCGAUGCGGACCCAAUAGAUACGGGACCAGACGCGGGCGAAGUGGCCGAUGCUGAUGAGCCAAAAACUGCUCAUACAGCGACGCCACCAACAACAACAACAAACCCAACCCAGACUGAGGACGAACGCCCCGGCGCUCUGGUGACGACCGGACUACCUCACUCCGAUGAGCCACUAACAGCGCCACCCACUAACGAUGAAAGCGACAUGACCAAGUCAGAACUGCCUCUCCAGUCCGAAAGCACAUUUCUGGACGCCUCGUUCGAUGGCACACUCCGGAUCUGGGAUCGUCGAAUGGCUGCACCCGUCGCCACCAUCGCGACAGAUCCUGGUACGCCCCCAUGGUGUACUGGGGCCUGCUGGUCACCAGAUGGAAAUUUCUUCUACGCUGGUCGUAGAAACUGCACGGUAGACGAAUAUUCCAUCCACCAUCUCGGCACGAAGCGAAGUAAACCCAAUCGAACGUUUCGCUUUCAACAAGGGAGUGGACCCGUGUAUGCGGUACGAGCGAUGCCCAAUAAGAAACAUCUGGUGUGUGCCAGUCAGGAUAUUUUGAGAAUAUAUGAUUUGCAACAACAGCCGGAAACACAAAAGCAUUCGCGAGUACCUUUUACGAUUGUACCAGGGCACAGAGGUGGCGUCGUCAGUGCUAUACAUAUUGAUCCUUCUUGUAGGUUCAUGCUGUCGGCUGCGGGAAACAGAGGCUGGGAGGGUAGUGGAACGGAGGUUCUGUUGGGGUAUGAGAUUGGAAUACAGGAUGAUCAAGGGGUUUGGCAUGCUGUUAGGGGCUCAUCGGCAUAGUGUUGAUGUCAUCAGAAUUCCAUCACAUACAUGUAGUGUGGUGUACCUGUAGUAGGUAGUGUAUAC